UAUAUUUAUUCAGACACAAUAACGGGAACAAAAACCCUCCACUUCUUUUAUCGCUGAGUGACUGCUCAUGUUAACAAACGAUCUUUGUAUUUCCAGUUACUGUUCCUUAAACUGUAAAUCGUCCUCGGUUUUACUGACUGAGUGGCUCAUCACUCUUACAGACGAUCUUCGGAGCGCCGGUUUCUCUCCAGCUGACUCCGAGCAACAAACCGGGACAAAUCGGGACCAGCUGUCAGGCAGAUCCCUCCCGUUUACCGGCCGGUGUUUUCUCCAUCACUGCUGUCAUCAUUUCCCGGAUUAACCAGGAUGUCAGACAUUCCCGCGGAACGAUAACAUGUCCUGAUUCACCCUCCGAGCGAUGAAUGAACCCAGUACCGAGCGGACCGGACCGGCGGAGGUUCUGUUGACUUCGGGCUGCGGAGCUCCGCUCGUCGGGCCGGGCAGAGGAUGGAGCCGAGGCUGAACGGGGAGGGCAAGCCGUCCGUGUCCUGGAUCCUUGGCCCUGCCCUCGUCCUCUCCGUCCUGGCUGUGUCGGUGAGCUGCCAUGGGGCGUGCAGACACCGAGUCCCCGGUCCCGACGAGGUGGUCCAUCAUGUUCACCUGAAGUCUGAGCGUCUGACCAAAAGAAGCUCACCUGAAAACCUCCAGCUGAAGAUCAAGAUCAUCUAUGACUACAGCGUGGACCUACUUCCUGCAGACAAGAGGAGACUUGUGAAGGAUAAGCUGUUUCCUCAGGCCAUAGAUUACCUGCAGAGAGCCUUCAGUGUGAGACGCAGAGUCGGACCAGUUCUACUCAGCAGACAAUGUGCAACCAACCAGUACCUGAGGAAGAGAGAUGACCCUCACCGCUAUUGCCAGGACGCCUGUGCAGACGUCACACGCUGCGGCCCUGUCAUUGUGCCACAGCACCACCUGCAGCAAUGUAAGGUGUGUAGUGAGUCAGGGAAGUCGUGUGGCCCCUCAGGACCUCCAGAUGGCCCUGGUGUGGAGGGUUCCGACUUUGUGCUCUACGUCAGUGGCAUCACUACGGAGCGCUGCGGACAGGAGAACAUUGUGGCCUACGCAGCGUACUGCCAGCUGGAGGCCGAGCUGGACAGACCUAUAGCGGGCUAUGCCAACCUGUGCCCCGCCAUGAUCUCGUCUCAGCCUCAGGAGUUUGAAGGGAUGCUCUCCACCGUCAAACACGAGAUCAUCCACGCUCUGGGGUUCUCAGCCGGUCUGUUUGCCUUUUAUCACGACGAUGAAGGAAAACCUCUGACGCCUCGUUUCACCAGCGGCCUGCCCGCCUUCAACGAGAGUCUGGGUCUGUAUCAGUGGAGUGAUGCAGUGAUCAGGAGGGUGAGCAGACUGUGGGACAUCAGAGGAGGAGUGAUGGUCCGACACCAGGUCCACGUCCUGGUCACUCCUCGAGUCGUGGAGGAGGCCAGGAGACACUUUAACUGCCCUAUCCUGGAGGGGAUGGAGCUGGAGAACCAGGGCGGGACGGGGACCGAGCUGAACCACUGGGAGAAGAGACUCCUGGAGAACGAGGCCAUGACGGGAUCGCACACUCAGAACCGCGUGUUCUCCCGGCUCACGCUCGCCAUCAUGGAGGACAGCGGCUGGUACCGAGCCAACUACAGCCUGGCUCAGAGGCUGGACUGGGGCCGCGGCCUCGGCUGUGACUUUGUCAUGAAGAGCUGCAAGUUCUGGAUGGACAGACAGAAGCAGAGGCGACAUCCUGUGACUCCGUUCUGCGACACGGUGCGAGCGUCACCUCUACAGCUCACCUGCAGACAGGACCAGCUGGCUGUGGCUGUCUGCAACCUGCAGAAGUAUCCUCAGGAUCUGCCGCUGGAGUACCAGUACUUUGACAGGAUCCCAGAUGUCUCCAAUGAUCAGCUGUCCCUCUUCGGUGGAGCAGUGGAGAUUGCUGAUUUCUGUCCGUUCAGUCAGGAGUUCAGUUGGCACCUAAGCGGAGAGUAUCAGAGGAACUCGUACUGCAGAGUGACCGAGAACCAGCCAGACUGGUGGAGGAACUACGGGGCUGAGCAGUACGGUCCGGACUCUGUGUGUUUGUACCAGAAGUCGGCCUUCGUCAUGGAGCAGUGCACGAGGAAGAUGACGUACCCGGACUGGGGCUCGGGCUGCUACAAGGUGCAGUGCUCGGCUCAGGGCCUGACGGUGUACGUUCAGGAUCGUUCGUUCGUCUGCGUGCGGCGAGGUCAGCUGCUGAGUGUGAGCGUGCGGAUCAACGACUGGGUCUAUAACGGCGUGCUGGUCUGCCCUGCCUGCACCGACUUCUGUGACGACUGUCCCCUCCCACACCAGAUCCCGCCCAUCAACGCCUCCAGGAGCAACCCCAUUGACCCGUGCUCUGGCUCUCCAGGUCUGGCCUUCACUCUGUGGCUCCUGCUGCUGAACCUGCUCCCUCUAGUGGCCGGACUGCUGCUCUGCGACUGCAGCUGAUAACUGAACACACACGCAUAGCUGGAGAUUUCACACACACACACACACACACACACACACACACACACACACACACACACACACACACACACACACACACACACACACACACUAUUUGUUCUUCGCUCAGCCUGAAGAUCAGGACGCCUCCUUUCUCUCCUCUCUCCUGACGUCUCAGUCGGGAUCUUCUCUCCAUCAUCCCUCCUCAGGACCUUUCUUUUUAUUUCAUUCUUCCAUGACUCUCUUUCCUCUCACUCUGUCGGGGAUCUCUGCUGAAGCUGCGCUCACUUCAGAUCAGCGAUAUCUAACGCACCUUUUCUUUGAGCGAAGACGGCCAACUCAAGUCAGCUGAUGGCUUUUACCCACAAUGCAACUCUCUCCUUCAGCCUGGGAUCACCUCGCUUCAUCAACACAGAGGUUUCCUUCCUGCUGCAGCGUCUUCAGAGAAUCUGUUUUUUAAACUGAUCACUAAUCCGACUUCAGGAGUACCAGACUGUGAGGAUCGCCCUCAGAUCAAAGACUUCUUCUUUGUCUCUCUGUGAAAUAACAUCAUCCCAGAAAGAAAGUCCAGAUAUCUGUCCCUGGUGCUCUCUGACGGGCAGAGGAGGAUUUUUAGUGACAGCUGUUCAAAUUGAAGACCUGGACGUCUUUUUAAAAUCUGCCCCCUGCAGUCCGGUGACACCUGGUGGCUGCAGGCUGUAACUGCUCCUGUUUUUAAUCUUGUACCCUGGAAACUUGUAAUGUAUAUAUUAACACCAUACUUUCCUAAGACGCAUCACCUGUUUUUAGAGGCAGAUGGGUGCGGGGCUCAACUCUGAGACAGGUGUGUUUGUUCUCCUUUCUUGACACCUUUAGUUUCCUUCAUGACGGACAUCAGCAUAUCUGUGGGGGUCAAAGGUCAGAGCUGAGGCGUCUGAGAUUAAUCUGCAGAGAUUAGAGCAGAUGAAUAUUUUAAACUCAGUCACAUGAUGAGGGACACGCAGGAGAGGAAAAUAAAGCCAUGAACACACCUGAUGCACAAGCUGUCAAUCAAAGGGAGGGUCACGUGAAGAAGAAGAAGAAGAAGAAGAAGAAGAAGCCAUAGUUUGAUGAAGAUGAUGCAUAACGUUUAUGUAAAGAAAGAAAAAGUUGCUCUCAUUAAUUUUAGUUUUUUUCCCCCUGCAGAGAUGUUAAACUUCGAGCAGGACGUCUCACUCCGUCGUAGAAUCUGAUGUUUAUUAAGAAAGUAGAAGGUUUGCUGGAUCACUCCAAUCCCUUUACACACUUCCCACAUUUUAGUUUUGUAUUCCUGACAUGUUUUAAGCGGUUCUUAACAUUUUAGCCAAGAACAUACUGAUUUUCAUUUUAGCAUCAGAGGUAUAAAAAUCUGAUCAAUGAGAUCAAAACUACAAGUUUUCUGUGUCAAAAUCACAGACAGUCGUCGUCAUCCUGCAGAAUCAUUUCGUCACCAGUUAAUGUUUUUAUAUUUUACUCGUAAAACCUUGAACCUCACCGUGCAUCUUGUUGAAACUGUAAGAAAGGAAAUGUCAGAGUUAAACAAAUGUUUAAAUAACUGUUUACAUUCAGACGCCAUGUUUGUUUGUUUUAAUUUUUUUAUUAUCUGAUGGAAAAUGAUUGACAGGCAGCUCCUCUGAUUGAUCUCAUGUUAUUUAUUUUCAGUUAACAUCCUGUUAGCAUCAGGAUACUUCAUCUCACAUUCAGUGACCACCAAACACCAAAGCUUUGUACAAGUUUGAUCCCUCACUUCUUCUUCUGAUGUGCUUUAGUGUAGCUCAUUAGCUCGUUAGCACGUUAGCUCAUGUUAGGUUGCAGCUUCAUGGUUAAGGGAACAGAAAAUCUGGCCUUAUCGAUGAAGGACUUUCUCUUUAUUAUUUAUUCAUACGUAUUCAUCACGUCUGAUCAUGUGACCAUGUGAUCACAUGACUGACAUGACUGACUCUGUUGAUGCACUGAGAGCUGUUAGUUCAGGCUGAUGAUUUAAAGGAACAUUUCACCUAAACUGACUCACCUUGGUCAUUUCCGUUGAUGUAAAUUUUUACUAUAACGACUGAAGGAGCUCUGAGGAGUUUGUUGAAAUGAAAUCUAAAGUUUUGUUUUGACAGAAUCUUGAAACUGUCCCUCGACGUCAGAAACACUUUGAUUUAUUGAAACGAUGUUUUUGGUUUUUAGAAAAAGGGCUGCUUUUUAAGAGACUUUUGUCUUUGGAAUAAAUGCUGUCUGAACCCCACA